AUGAUAGUGCACAACGUUCGCACAACAAGGUGUCCAGGGGCCGUCUUUCCAGCAUCCACCAGCAAGAAGGAUCUGCAGUGCUACAUCAUUUAUAGUGAAAUAUAUCAGCAGGAGCGUAAGGUAACGCCGUUCGUUGCCGAACCCGAUGGAAUUCAGUUCCGAUCCAGCUUUGCCGCAGGAAACAGCUCGAACCACCAAGGCACCAUGAGCUACACGAUGGGGGUGGGGCCCGGGUUGGCGCAACCGGGCGGGCUGGCCGGAACGAACAUCACCAACGUGACCUACGUGACCAACAUUACGCACGUUAUGCCUGUCGCCGUGCCACAACCGUCCAACGGAACCGGACCGACGCAAACAAUACUUUCCCCUGGCGGCAGUUUGCCCCCGUUGGCCACUACGCCGCCCCCGGUGAAUGUGACCACACGCUGGGAACCGAUUCCGCACUACCAACUCCCGCAUUAUGACCCGACCGGGAAGGUGCUGUGGUUUCCGCGCAUCAUCGGUGGAUCGCUGGCGACGAGCGGUGAGUUCCCGGCCAUGGUUUCGCUGCAGCUGAAUCGCAACUCGGCGCACGUUUGUGGCGGUACGCUGCUGUCGAUGGGUCAGGUUCUGACGGCGGCCCACUGUGUAACCGAUGUGCGCGGUGUGGCCAAUCCUCCAGCACAGUACCAAGUGAUGGGAGACGAUCUGUUCGUCCUGCCGCAGAUGGGAAAUCCGAGCCGGCAGGUGCGCCCGGUUCGAUCCAUCACCGUGCACCCGCAGUACGAUGCGGCCAGCUUUGCGAACGAUAUCGCCAUCGUGCGGUUGGCGUCCGAGUUCCGCAAAACGGGGACGUUCUUCCCGGCGAAACGUAUCCAACGAGCACCGACGCUCGGGGAUCGGUGCAGCCUGGCCGGGUGGGGUGUCACCACGGAGCACUCGUCCGUCAUGAGCCCCAAUCUGCAGCGCAUCAACGUGGUCAUCAGCGACUUUGGGUCGUGCAAUACAGCGUUCGACCAGAUGCUUACCAAGGGGAUGCUCUGUGCGGCCGCUCCGGGACGGGACGCUUGCCAGGGCGAUUCUGGGGGUGCGUUGUUGUGUGCCGGUGGACGUGUGGCGGGUAUCGUAAGCUUUGGGGCGGGCUGUGCCAAACCCAACAUUCCCGGCGUGUACGUGGAUGUUGUGCACUACGAGAAGUGGAUCAAUGGUGUUUUGAAGAACGGUGGACGAAGGGACACGGUUGGAUAUUUGAUCGGAGUGACUAUCGUUUUCUGGUGCUUAAGAUAUAUGCUUCUAAAGUAA